GGAGAGAGAAAAUCUGAAUAAAGACCUCCAUAUCAUCCUCACCCCCUAGAAAAAUAAAAUGACUUAUGCAAUCUGAUAAUGACUUAUGCAACUGACACACACACUAAGAAAGAGAAAAAAUCAGACACAAACAUAGCAUAUUUCAAACACUAUUCAUACACUAAUGUUUUUUCAUUUUUACUUUUUUCACAUUCUGUAGUUAAUGUUGUUUUGUUCUCAUCUCUCUCUCUCUCUCUCUCUCUCUCUCUCUCUCUGUGCUGCUCUGUCACCCACCACCACCUCUCUUUAAUUCCCUAUGAAACCGUUGAACGUUUUUCAACUUUCACACUAGCUUCCACCACAUCUUCAUCAUGGAGUACGUGAAUUGUGAACCACAUGAUCACAAUCACAAUUCACAAUACCCUUUUGAGUUUUGAUUCUCUCUCUCUCUCUCUCCCUCUCUUCAUAUGUUAGUACUCUCUUUUGAAUUAUGCAUUCAUAUUUCAUAGCAUAGCACUAUCUCUUCCUUAUGCUUAAAUAUGCUUUAUAGGUUUGGUUUGCUUUUGAGUCUUAAGAGAUAGGUGGUAAAUUUUAGAUUGUUGAGUAUUUAGAGGGGAUUCGAGUUUUAUUGUCGUCAAAGAUUUUGAAGGGACUUGAACUUAAAUGCAUGGAUCGAGGCGACCAAAUGGCUGCAUUAUCGGGUUCUGCAUCGUACUUUAUGCAGAGAGGAUUACCUGGUUCUGGAAACCAACAUGAAUUGCAUAGUCCGCCCGGUAUUCGUCAACUACCGAAUACCAAUUCACCAUUUCAAUCAAGUAUUGGUGGUACUAUUGGAUCCACAUUGCCGAUGGAUUCUUCCGGAAUUUCAUCCCAAUGUAUCAAUGUCGGUGCUCCUUCUGCGGCUGCUUCAACUGGUGAACCUGUCAAAAGGAAGCGAGGAAGGCCUAGAAAGUAUGGGGCUGACGGAAAUGUUUCGUUGGCGUUGACUCCAACAACACCAGCAAGUCAACCUGGAUCUGUACCGCAAGUACAGAAACGCGGUCGCGGUCGCCCUCCAGGUUCAGGGAAGAAACAGCAGUUGGCUUCUGUUGCUGGUUUGAUCUCAAGUUCAGCUGGGAAUGGUUUCACCCCACAUGUGAUCAAUGUCGCAAUUGGAGAGGACAUUGCGACAAAAAUUCUGGCAUUUUCUCAGGAGGGACCUAGAGCUAUAUUUGUUAUGUCAGCCACUGGUGCUGUCUCUACUGUGACGCUUUGUCAAGCUUCGACAUCUGGGGGAUCUGUCACAUAUGAGGGGCGUUUCGAGAUACUUAGCUUGUCAGGCUCUUACUUGGUUGCUGAUAAUGGUAGCUCCCGAAAUCGAACUGGUUCAUUAAGUGUUUGUCUUGCAAGUCCUGAUGGCCGUGUCAUUGGUGGAGGCGUCGGCGGACUACUCAUUGCUGCAAGUUCUGUUCAGGUGAUACUUGGGAGCUUUAUGUGGGGCGGACAAAAGACAAAGAAACAGAAGAUUGAAGAUUCGGAAGGUCAAGAAGUUGGUAUAGAGGCAGAUCAUCAUCAGCAUCAUCAGCAUGGAGGUCAUAAUCCAGUUGCAAUGAACAACAUUUCUUCACCAAAUCAAAAUCUUACUCCAUCAUCUCUCAAUUCUUGGCCUGCAUCGCGUUCCUUGGAUAUGCGUAAUUCGCAUAUUGACAUUGAUUUAAUGCGCGGGUGAUAAUUUUAUUUUAUUAGCAUACACCAGUACUUGGUAAAUAUUUAAGAUUGAUGGUUACUCAUCUAAUUUUCGCAUAGUUAUGACAUAAUUGGCAUUAUCAACUAUAGAGUAGAGAAAGCCUUAUUGACUUGUGGAAUUUCAUUUAUGUUACCUUGUGAUUGAUUGACUUUAGGGGUUCUACUCAUAUCUUUGUAGUUGUGAGGUAUUUAAAUUUGAAGAUUUUGCUCUA